AAUGCCAAAAUUAAGAUUCUUCUCAGCACUGUCGCGAAAAACAAAAGAAAAACUUAAACAUAUUCUUUGCGCACAUUGUCAAGGAAUUGUCGGUUUGAGAAAAACUUUCAAGAUUGCGAACAGAAAAGUAAUCUUACGCGCGCUAACAUACAUCACAUGUUCGGAUAUUGUAUAUAUAUAUAUUAAUACUAUCAGAUAUACUAACACAAUGCAGGAUUUUAUGAGUAAUAGGAUAAAGUAUGUAUAAAACGUGCUGUGGACUUAAAGGACGUUACAGCGUAAUUAUACUCCAUUUGGCACUAUACUGUAUGUAGUACAAGUAUUAUUAAAUAAGUAUGUGAAACGAAAAUUUUUCAUUUAAUUGGAAUACUUGACAUUUUAAUCCUUCAUCUCUUGACUCUGUGACCCAAUCUAAUUCUUUUAUUUUCCUUCACAGGCGUGCCCCAAGAUAUUUUCAAGACUCUCGAGGUUUCUCAAAGUCAAGAUCCCUCGAGACGAUACGGUUUAAAACAAUACUCGAGGCAAUUUGGACUCGUGUACGAUUUAGUUGCUCGAAGAACUUUCAGGACGAUAAGUGAAACACCCAUAUCACCACGUAUCAGGGUUGAAGCAGGUAUACCCAGGCGCCACAACAUGAAGACCCGUUCCUGAGUCCAUUGCACCUACUCGUUUCUGGCUCAUCGAGACUCCGCCUUCUGGUAUACGAAACAGAGAGCAGAAGAUCCAUGGGCAGCAUCCCACGGCGGUCCACCCCUGACCAGCGUGGGUGCUCGUGUAGGAGGAUCUUCGGAGAAGCCCUCCUUUUCUUCCGCAUCACUCUCUACGUCGCCCCUCGCUCCGUCCUUCUUCCGCGAGACGGUUCUCCACAAGAGAGGAGCCCGGAGAGAGAUGCGGGAGAGAGGGCAUGCUCUCCGCUAUUGAGAGAGAAAGGAAAAGAGACAGAGAAUGAUGUCUUGAUGAUAAGCCAGCGGGGUAGUCGCCUCGGGCGAGUUCUUUCUGAUUCAUCCGGGAUUCGAGGCGCGCGGCUUUGAGCGUCCUUGUCAGCAUCGGGACCGCGGAGGAUGCAGCCGCAACAUGAGCAACGACGGGAGCUCGUCGCCGACUGCUGUUACCAGCAAUGGCCAGCGCAUCAUCAUCAUCACCACCAUCAUCACCAGCAUCAGCAUCAUCAUCAGCAUCAGCAAUUGUCCGCUGUACCAUCGCCGAUGCAACAAAUGGAAGGUGAACUACGCAUUCUGAGCGCCGGAAGAGUUAAGCGAUCGCUCAGUCCCAACCCGACCAAGAUCGCCGCACCGGUCCAGCCGGUGGCGAAUCCGGCCUCCUCGUCGGUGACCACGGUGGAGUCGCGAAACGACAGCAACAACAACAAUCGUCAUCACGGCGAUCAUCAUCCUAGCAACGACGGUGCAUCCUCCGUGGAGGAAUUGGGCGCUAAACGACCGCUCCAUCCGGCGUUGGUUGGCGCCGGCACUGCCUUGGAAGCAAAGCCGCUCUGGGAGGAAUUCCACCAGUUGGGUACCGAAAUGAUCGUUACGAAAGCCGGGCGAAGAAUGUUCCCCACGUUCCAGUGUCGACUAUUCGGUUUGGACCCCAACACGGAAUAUCUGAUGGUAAUGGACUUCGUGCCGUGUGACGACAAAAGAUACCGAUACGCCUUCCAUAACAGCGCUUGGGUCGUAGCGGGUCGCGCUGAUCCAGUGUCACCUCCCAGGAUCCACGUGCAUCCCGAUAGUCCUGCGAGCGGCGCGCAUUGGAUGAAGCAGCCGAUUUCCUUCGACAAACUGAAGCUGACGAACAAUCAACUCGACGAUAACGGACACAUUAUCCUGAACUCGAUGCAUCGCUAUCAACCACGCUGUCACGUGGUGGUCGCCCCUUCGCCACCGGGUGCGAAUCCGUUCGCCAAGGGCUUCCGGGACUGUGAGUCUGACGAGUGUGAUAGCGUAGCCAUCGCUGGGAUGCAGAAUCCGGCGAAAAGGCCGGCCACAGGAAGCGUCGGAAGCAGCGUGUUGACGUCGGGUUACAACGCAGUGCCGGGGAUGCAGAUCACGGGUAUACCCGGUCAGGAGCAUCAUCAGUUCUACGGUGCGGCGGGCGCAGCUAGUCACUGGACUUAUCCAAGUCAUCAUGGACACCAGCCGUCGGCACACGUUAACUCGGUCCAUUAUCCAGCCCAUCCGCAACAUCCGCAUCCGGGCACUUCUCUCUACGGACCACGAUAAGAAGAUUGUGAUCAUCGUUGAUCGUUUUUCGCUUGUGCACAAUCUUUUAUCGACCUUCGUGUCGAAGACUCGGUGACGGAUUCUUUCGCGCGAGACUCAACGUGUAUAUUUGAGGAAACAGUGAGACGUGUAAAUUCAGUUUCGCGUUAUUUGUAUUUUGAUGCUUCUUUAUCAUGGUUAACCGGUUGUUCAAAUUUUCGUCGACGAAGAAUCAACGGAUGCUGGAAUUAUAGUGUGAGGUAAAUGUAUUUUCGUAUCGUCCGUGUAUUGGCGCGGUCUUCUUCGUGACAUGUGACAAUCAACGAUCGUUGAGUGAUUUAUUAUCGGAAAAGACUCUACUUAUGCCUUCGUAGUGCCUUAAGAACAAUGGAUAUGAUGGAACGUAAUAAAACAGAAACAUAUAUAUUUCAUACGCCAU